AUUCCAGACGAUUCAAUCAAAUGGAAUUAUCUUCAAGGAAUUUUUAGGAAUGAAGCUUGCUUUAUAAACAAAAAUAGGUUAAUUUUAGGCGAAUCGUGAUCUGUUAGAUGAUGAAGACGUUCAACCGGCGUUGUUUUGUGCUGGCAGACGUGGAAGGAAGAAGACUCGUCUCGAUAGUGUUGGCGAGAAAAGUGUGCGCGACAUGAGUGAACAAGGAGUGAAUACGGAGACACAUCCAUUAGUGUCUCGAGGAAUGAAUACGUAUCCGACUUUGUGUCGAACGGAGUCCAUUGAAACAGAUGUAAAUGACGUCGUGAACCGAAGUGUCGCUACUGAUGCCACCGUUCUUGUAAACAGAAGUAUGGAGACGUCAAGACAGGAAAGCGUGGAGUCGACUAACAUGCCGUGGGAUGAAAAAGUCCAUCGUGAUAUGAUGACGUCGCCAAUUCUUCAACGCCUUCUCUUCAAAACGACUGGCAUCGCCCAACAAUCUAAGCCAUCAGAAGACAUCCAAGUUGUCGAUGAGUUCCAGCAAACCUCUUUCAGUAUGGAUCGACCACGGCCUAUGGCCGAUCAGACUGUGCAAACGUCGAUGAGCAUUGAUAGACCACUGCGAUCUGUUGCUGAUCAGUUAGUGCAAACAUCGAUUGGUACCGAUAUAACAUUGUCAUCUAGUGCUGAUCGAUCACUACAAACGUCUAUGAACACCGAUGCACCACAACGAUCCGUUGCUGAUCAAUCAGUGCAAGCGUCGAUGAGUAUCGAUACACCACCACGAUCUGUUGCUGACCAGUCAGUGCAGACAUCGAUUAGUAUGGAUCUAACAUUAUCAUCUUGUGUUGGUCAAUUACUACAAACAUCUAUGAACACCGAUGCACCACAACGAUCCGUUGCUGAUCAAUCAGUGCAAGCGUCGAUUAGUAGAGAUAUAAUACUUCCAUCCCUUACUGACCAAUCACUGCAAGCAUCGAUGAGCACCGAUACCACAACACGACGCUUAUCAGAGUGUCAUUUUUCUUCACAGUUCUCACCGGAUGUCGCAGACAAGAUAACGUCGCCGAUGGUUUUCAAAUUGAUCGAUCGUUCCGCGCAGGGAUCACUCCAUGAACUGGCGAACAAAAACAAACGGGCACGAUCGAGUUCGACUUCUGGCAUUGGCAACAGCAUCUAUGAUGAUGAAACUCGUCAGGAAGUUAUAAUCCAGACGGAUGACUCAUAUCUGAAACUCGCGCGUCGUCUGGAUGAGUAUCGUUCGAAUCGAACACAAUUCUUGCCUGUCGUUGCCGCAUCGCCUCUUGGUUCGCGAGACAUCGAACCAUUCAAAAGCGAUCGACCAUCUGAACGAUGUGGAUACUAUCUUGACAUCAAAGGAGUGCCACGACGGCGCUCAAUAAAACUUCAUCGACGAGCUAGUCAGAAAACAAACCCGUUAGCAUACUACGAAGUUCAGGAGUACUCUUUUGUUGCCAAUGAAGAGGAUCGCAAUUUUUAA